AUGUUCACAUCUCUUGCAGAUAUCACCAAUGUCCAAGUUCCUCUUGACGGGAAGACCCUUGGGACAGGUGUCGUUACGCGACCCGGAGCAGUUCCAGUAAAGCGUCAUAAUCCCUACGGUUGGAAGUGUCUUGUAGAGCCAUCUGUUCCAUUAUUAACCACAACAUCUUUUCCGGAUACAAUAAAUCCCAUAAGAAUUCCUGCAACACAGGAUUUGUUCCUGGAGAGGGAAGAUGCUCCGCCAACACCGACAAAACCUCCAGUUUGUAAUGCGCUUGUACAAUUUAAGUGUCACCAAAAGGAAUUUUCCUCUCCUUUUGUUGCCUCCAAAGGUCAAUACGUUGUUGUUCAAGGUGACCGAGGAAUUGAUAUUGGAGUUGUUAUUCGUGUGAACACUGAAAACUGUAAGACGUAUGUGGAGCGAUCUGGCCCAACGGGGAGCAUUCUUCGUCAUGCAACUCAGCGAGAGGUGGAUUAUUGGGCGACUGAUCUCAAGGAAGACGAGGCUGUUGCCGUUUCCUUCUGUCAGCAGCGAGUUCAACAUCAUGGAUUUGAUAUGGAGAUUCGUCACGCCGAGUACCAAUUUGAUAAGAAGAAGCUCACGUUCUAUUAUACUGCUAAGGCACGAAUCGACUUUGUACAACUCCUGAAAGAACUUUACAGGGAAUUUGGAUGUCGGAUAUGGAUGGAGAAGGUUAGGAUGCAAGAUUAG